AUGGAUUCCUUUCAACAAGUAGAUGCUUCUUUUCAACAAAUAGACGAACUUGUUAAGGAGUAUCUGUUAUUCAGAGGAUUUUCUGCUACUUUUCGUUCUUUUGAAUCAGAAUGCCGGAAUGAUAAAGAUAAAAGAUUUCAGGCUGAAAAAAUUAUUGAAGAAUUAUUUUCAUUUAUCACGAAUAGUGAUGUAAAUGGAUUAAUGGAUUACUGGAGAUAUCUUGAUCUAAGAUAUUUCUCAAGACUGGAUGCUAGAUUUUUUGGAAGUGUUAAGAAAUUUGAAGAGUGCCUCUUAAAAUAUUACCUUGUUUAUGGUAAAUCUUUUGGUUCAUUAUUCGUUAUUGUUGUCGUUACUCAGGAGACACAACAAAAACGAAAAGAAAAAGUUUUUGAGUUCUUUGAUGCAUUUGGAACAGAGUUGAAUGGAAAUUCAGAGUGGACAAAAUGGUUUGGAUUACCAUUUUCGAAAGAUCCGACAACUGAUCCAAAUUUUGAAAUAUUUUUUACUAAACAGUGGUUAGAAGUGUUUACAACAUCUCUACAUAAUUUUCUUAACACAAUAUUUCAAAAUAUGCCCUUACCAAGUUUAUUAUGUUUCAAUUUGGAUCGUAUUCAACGAUACAUUUUAGAAGAUGAAGUUCAGUCUCUUCAACAUGAAAUAGACAGUAUUAAAAAUGGUAAAACAGAUUCGGAGAGUACUGAUACUGAGAUUAAGCAAAAUCUCAGCAGAUCACAAGAAUCAACAAACCAUACAAGGAUGUUAAAUCGUACAAAAUCUUUGUUUGAUCAAAAAGAGAAGGAUUCUUUUUCACGUUCACAGUCCACUACUCCAAAUAAAGGAUUGGUUGUUAUUCCCGAUCAUUACGGAGUAAAAUCUCCUGAGAUAUAUGCAGAUGAUUUGAGUCUGACUCCGAUAUCGGAAUAUGCUAUAGAUAAUUCGCAAGAAUUGCCUGGUGAAGAUAUUAAUCCAUUUACCAUUAUGAAUCAGGAAAUAUAUUUAGAGCACACAUCAGGAAUAUCACUUGCUAAAUUCUCACAUAAGGGUAAUUUAAUC